UAGCAUUUCCGCUCACCUUUAUUGAGGUAUAAUUGACCAAAUUGUAUACAUUGUGUACACGAUGGCAUGAACUAUGCAUGUGGUAAAAGACAUUUUAAGGAUGGGGGGGAAAUGUAGCACAAAAUGUGAGGAUACAGUGCUGUAAAAACACAUCUCAAAAAUUUGAGUAAGGGUCAUACGUAGGUGUAUGGUAUGGGAGGUUUGUGAUUUUUUUUAAAGAAAUUGUGAACGGUAUUUUCAGAGACGCUUUUAUUAAAAAGAGAUGGGUUUUCAGGUUCUGAGGGCAAACGGCAUUGUCUGCUCCCCCGAACGCCUCCAGACCUGAGUUUGUGCAACACAGCAAGACUGAGAAGGAAAAGGAUUUGUUUUCUCCCGUGCUCGUUGCUCAGGCCCCAACACGCAACUACAAUGCCCAUCGUCCUCCGGGCCUCCCACGUGUGGCCCCUCAGUCCCGCUGCGACUUCAGCAGCGCAUGCGCGCAGCCCUUAACGUCGCCUCGCAGACUGCAGAGGCUGGGCGGGGCUCCUCGGCACUCGCGGGACGGUACCGCCCUCCGACCGCUCCCCCAGGCUUCUCUUCGGACCGUUAACCUCGAAUGAGGAACGAGCGGAGAGGGAAGGGAGGGGCUGCGGCGGCGCUGGCACAGCCCGCCGGGCCCGGGGCCGGGGGCGGCGAGGUCACGUAACGGCUGCUCUGGCGUCUGCCCGGGGAGGGGGCGCCCUCCCCGGCAGCCGGAGCCCUCCUGCGCGCGGCUCCGAAACAGUUACCGGCUCGUAAACAACAGCUGCGCGCGCACCCGCAUCAGCUGGCGCCGGGAUUCAGCACCUGCGACCUCCUCUUCCCCUCAUCCCCGCUGCCCCCUCCUGUUCAGCCCGGGCCAGCCUACGGGGCCGUCUCCUCUCUUGCUAGGACCCGAAGGAAGAACGGCGAGGGCCUGACCUGCGCCGCGGCCCUGGUCGGGGAGAAGGCGUCCUCCGGCAAAGGGGUGGCCCGUCCUGUCACACGCAGGAGAAACCCAGCGAGCAGACCGUGGGCUCGAUGGACUAGCAACGACCUGCCACGACCCUGAGCUGCAGUCCGAGGGGUCUCGAUCCGCUCGCUAGCCGCCCCCUCCCAGAUCCGAGGGACCGUUCUGCCCGAAGAGCGGGCGGGCCACCCCCGCAGACCUCUUGGAGACGAGAAUCCGCUCUGCCCCUGCAUCCUCUGCUCACCCUUUUCUCCUCAUUCUCCUGUAUCCAGUAGUGUGGGGUAUUUUUCUCGUUAUGCAUGCUCAUCUCUCCCACCAGACCCAAGUGGAUUAUUGGCCUCAAAAACAUCGGGUGACUCUCCACACACCUCCCAGCCAAACCUGUGGGGUAUUCACCUGAUACACAACAGGUGGCCGGGUGUACACCAUUUCGCAAUCUGAUCUGUGCUGUAUUCGCCUGAUAAGGGUGGGCCUGCGCGCACUUUGCUCAACUAGAACCGUGGGACAUUUACCAGAUAGAAAAGACUUAACUACCUCGGCGGAAACCUGGGGGUCGAGGGGAGAAACGCUUCACCAGCUUCUCUUGAGACCAUGGCGCUGGGGCCGCAGUGCUGGACCAGGGGAGAUAGCUAGAUAACUUUUUUUUUUCCCCCUGAAGAAAUGAAGUUACACGAGUUUGGCAUCGUUUUGUCUUUUUUCCUCCUUAAAUAUUUAAUGGUAGUGCACUUUCUGGGAUAGUCUGUUUGAAUUCUGAGAAGGAAUUUUUGUGGUGUAAAUCAAGGUUAUUGAAGGUUUUUUUAAGUUAUCUUUUCUAUUUUACAAUCAAAAGUAGCUAGCGUAGGAGGAAGGAUUUUGCGGGGGUUUCCUUUUUUCUUUGUUCUUAUAAAGGAAAAGAGAAAGAAUAAUGCAUCCUCCAGAAACCACCACCAAGAUGGCUUCAGUUCGGUUCAUGGUGACACCAACAAAGAUCGAUGACAUUCCUGGUUUGUCAGAUACCAGCCCGGACCUCAGCUCCCGGUCCAGUUCCCGAGUAAGAUUUAGCUCACGGGAAAGUGUGCCGGAAACAAGCCGGAGUGAGCCCAUGAGUGAGAUGUCCGGAGCCACCACUUCACUGGCAACUGUUGCACUGGAUCCGGCUAGUGACCGGACUUCUAACCCCCAGGAUGUCACGGAGGACCCGAGUCAGAACUCCAUCACAGGGGAACACAGCCAGCUGUUAGAUGAUGGGCAUAAUAAGAAAGCUCGAAAUGCUUAUCUCAAUAAUUCCAAUUAUGAAGAAGGAGAUGAAUAUUUUGAUAAAAACCUGGCACUCUUUGAGGAAGAAAUGGACACAAGACCAAAGGUAUCUUCUCUCCUCAACCGUAUGGCCAAUUAUACUAAUCUGACACAAGGAGCGAAGGAACAUGAAGAGGCAGAGAACAUCACUGAGGGGAAAAAGAAGCCCACCAAGACCCCUCAAAUGGGUACUUUCAUGGGUGUUUACCUCCCCUGUCUACAAAAUAUUUUUGGAGUGAUCUUGUUUCUACGCCUUACAUGGGUUGUGGGCACGGCUGGCGUUCUUCAGGCCUUCGCAAUCGUCCUUAUCUGCUGCUGCUGUACAAUGUUGACUGCUAUCUCCAUGAGUGCCAUUGCCACUAAUGGAGUGGUGCCAGCUGGAGGCUCAUACUUUAUGAUUUCCCGGGCCCUGGGCCCAGAGUUUGGUGGGGCUGUUGGCCUCUGCUUUUAUCUUGGUACCACAUUUGCAGCAGCCAUGUAUAUCCUUGGUGCCAUUGAAAUUUUUCUGGUAUAUAUUGUCCCCCGAGCUGCCAUCUUUCGUAGCGAUGAUGCACUCAAGGAAUCAGCAGCCAUGCUAAAUAACAUGCGUGUCUAUGGCACCGCGUUCUUGGUUCUCAUGGUAUUGGUGGUAUUCAUCGGUGUGCGCUAUGUGAACAAGUUUGCCUCACUUUUCCUGGCCUGUGUCAUUGUGUCCAUCUUGGCCAUCUAUGCUGGAGCCAUCAAGUCUUCUUUUGCCCCUCCACACUUCCCGGUCUGCAUGCUGGGUAACCGCACCCUUUCAUCAAGACACAUUGAUAUUUGCUCUAAGACCAAGGAAAUUAACAACAUGACAGUACCAUCAAGGUUAUGGGGCUUCUUCUGUAACUCAAGUCAGUUUUUCAAUGCCACCUGUGAUGAAUACUUUGUUCACAAUAAUGUCACUUCAAUCCAGGGCAUUCCUGGAUUGGCUAGUGGUGUCAUUACAGAGAAUCUUUGGAGUAACUACCUACCAAAGGGAGAGAUCAUUGAAAAGCCCUCAGCCAAAUCUUCUGAUGUCUUGGGCAGCUUAAACCAUGAGUAUGUCCUUGUUGACAUCACCACCUCUUUUACCCUUCUGGUGGGGAUCUUCUUUCCUUCUGUCACAGGUAUCAUGGCUGGAUCAAACAGAUCUGGAGAUCUGAAAGAUGCUCAAAAGUCUAUUCCCAUUGGCACUAUCCUCGCCAUCCUGACCACCUCCUUUGUCUAUUUAAGCAAUGUUGUCCUUUUUGGUGCCUGUAUUGAAGGUGUUGUUCUCAGAGACAAGUUUGGGGAUGCUGUGAAAGGUAAUCUGGUGGUGGGUACCUUAUCUUGGCCAUCCCCAUGGGUGAUUGUUAUUGGCUCCUUCUUCUCCACAUGUGGGGCUGGACUUCAGAGUCUCACAGGUGCACCAAGGUUGCUCCAGGCUAUAGCCAAGGAUAACAUCAUACCCUUUCUGAGGGUUUUUGGUCACAGCAAAGCCAAUGGGGAACCUACCUGGGCUUUACUUCUAACUGCCGCCAUUGCAGAGCUGGGAAUCCUUAUCGCCUCCCUGGAUCUUGUGGCCCCAAUUCUUUCUAUGUUUUUCCUCAUGUGUUACCUCUUUGUGAACUUGGCAUGUGCCUUGCAAACAUUACUUCGAACACCCAACUGGAGACCCCGGUUUCGCUACUACCACUGGGCCCUCUCUUUCAUGGGAAUGAGUAUCUGUCUGGCUCUGAUGUUCAUUUCUUCCUGGUAUUACGCUAUUGUAGCUAUGGUGAUAGCUGGUAUGAUCUACAAGUACAUCGAGUACCAAGGAGCGGAGAAAGAAUGGGGUGAUGGAAUCCGUGGGCUGUCCCUCAGUGCAGCCCGAUUUGCUUUGCUUCGGCUGGAGGAAGGACCUCCACACACUAAAAACUGGAGGCCUCAGUUGCUUGUAUUGCUGAAACUAGAUGAAGACUUACACGUCAAGCAUCCUCGCCUCCUCACCUUUGCUUCACAGCUUAAAGCAGGAAAGGGCCUCACUAUUGUGGGCUCUGUUAUCGUGGGGAACUUCCUGGAGAACUACGGGGAAGCUCUAGCUGCUGAGCAGACCAUAAAGCAUCUAAUGGAGGCAGAGAAGGUGAAAGGGUUCUGCCAGCUGGUGGUGGCGGCCAAGCUGAGAGAGGGCAUUUCCCACCUCAUCCAGUCAUGUGGCCUUGGGGGCAUGAAGCACAACACCGUGGUGAUGGGAUGGCCUAAUGGCUGGCGCCAGAGUGAAGAUGCUCGAGCUUGGAAGACUUUUAUUGGCACAGUUCGAGUGACAACUGCUGCCCAUCUGGCCCUGCUGGUGGCUAAAAACAUCUCCUUCUUUCCCAGCAACGUGGAGCAGUUUUCUGAGGGCAACAUUGAUGUAUGGUGGAUUGUGCAUGAUGGGGGGAUGCUCAUGCUCUUACCAUUCCUACUUAAACAGCACAAGGUGUGGCGAAAAUGCAGCAUACGGAUCUUCACAGUAGCCCAGUUAGAAGACAAUAGUAUUCAGAUGAAGAAGGACCUGGCCACCUUCCUCUAUCACCUGCGCAUUGAGGCAGAGGUGGAGGUGGUGGAGAUGCAUGACAGUGACAUUUCAGCUUAUACUUAUGAGCGCACCCUGAUGAUGGAGCAGAGAUCCCAGAUGCUCCGGCACAUGCGACUGUCCAAAACCGAGCGGGACAGAGAGGCACAGUUGGUGAAAGACCGGAACUCAAUGCUGCGAUUGACCAGCAUUGGCUCUGAUGAGGAUGAAGAGACAGAAACCUAUCAGGAGAAGGUGCACAUGACUUGGACAAAAGACAAGUACAUGGCAUCCCGGGGACAAAAGGCCAAGUCGAUGGAAGGAUUCCAGGACCUGCUUAACAUGCGUCCGGACCAGUCCAAUGUGAGGAGGAUGCAUACAGCAGUGAAACUCAAUGAGGUUAUAGUUAACAAGUCCCAUGAAGCAAAGCUUGUUUUGUUGAAUAUGCCAGGGCCACCUCGAAACCCUGAGGGUGAUGAAAACUACAUGGAAUUCCUAGAAGUGCUCACCGAGGGACUAGAGCGAGUCCUCCUUGUCCGAGGUGGUGGCAGUGAAGUGAUCACCAUUUAUUCAUAAUCUACUCCUGAGUGACUCUGCUUGGCCUCACCUUUCCUAAAAGGCUUCCAUCCUUCGUGGAAGUGCCAGCUCUUUACUACUACUCCCAUCAAGUAGGCCUGGGUUCUGUACACAUCACAGUGAACUCUUGACAGGCUGAGCCUCAAGUACUUGUGAAAAAAAAGUACAAAUAGUUCUGCUCUUUGCUGUCAUAUGAUCUGCCAUCCUUACAGAAGAAGCAAAUAUUCCCUCAACAUUGGAACACUGGUCAAGUCCUAAAAGCCAUGUCUGUCCCAGUUGAAGUCAAGUUAGAAUUAACAAGCUAAACCAAUAAAAAUGAAUUGGCAAAAGGGAUGCUAGAAAUUCAACUGAAGACCGAAAGCAAGUACAGGUCCAACAUUAAAGGGAAGUCUCAGAAGUCAUGGUCCAGUGAUGACACCAUGGGGGUAACAGCCAGAGGACACAGCUUCAUCAUACUAAAGAAAUCACAGCCAAGUAUAUGGGGACCUAACAUCCUUGUAGAGAUAACCUGUGGCAAACCAAGAUGAAAACCUUUUUUAGCUAAUUUUCUUUAAUGAAUCCACUGUUCUCCAGGACUCUGAUUUUCUGUUAGGGUACUAAUAUACAAAAACCGACACAUGGCUGCAGCCUUUACUUCUUCCUCCAAAAUAAGAUUCUCCCCAAAUACCAGGUUUAAGUACAUAUACUAUGUUGGUGUGUGUAUAUAUAUGCAUAUAUAUGUAUAUGUGUGUAUACAUAUACAUGUACAUAUAUGUAUAUGUAUACACACACACACAUACAUAUCAGCUGGUUCUCAAAAUCGAUUCUGUGGUUAAGAUUGUAAUACAGGCAUUAUUAUCCUGGAAAUUAUUUUUUAAAGUUGGAGUGGAAAAUUUUCUUUCAGGCUGUGUUCAAAUGGCCAAAUUAAGGUAACUCCAAAUGGUAGCUGUUAAGAUCUACUGAAACACAGUCUGUGGUUACCUAUGCGACAAGAGCAAACAUUGAAGUUGUUAUCUAGGAAACCUAGAUGAUGAUGCAUAGUGCCCAACAGUUUCUCCUCUCUUUUUUUAUGCCCUCUGGGUUGGUAGGCAGGCAUAGGUCAAAAAUCAGGAACAAACACUAGGAAGACUGGCUGAAAUCCUUCCCUAAAAGCGUUGGACUGUCUUUUAAAGGGGGAAUCUAGCAAUGGGAUUUGAAGUUCCAGAGCCAUACUCCUUCCAUAGUGCCAAAGAUUGAGCUGCUGCUCCUCUCCCUACCUGCUUCACUAAAGUGGCAUAUGAUUGGCAUUGGCCUGAUUCAAGAAACUUCUUUCACUAAGAAUCCUGUGGACUCAUUUCCAAAGCCAUAGCAAAGACUUGAGGCACUCACCUAAAUGCCCACAGUAUGAGCAGUUUUCUUUUCUCAAUUCUAUUCUUGUGACUGCAGAAACUUGGCUUUGAACUAAGAGUAUCCAAGCCAACAGUCUUCUGCUAUAACAGUUGUUUUCAGAAAGCUCUAAAUGUGUCAAGGAAAUACUUGUGCAAGCUUAGCUUUUUAUUUGCUCAUUUACUGGUCAUUAAAACACCUGGCUUUCAAGCAUAGGGAAACCACCUUGAGUAGUAAUUGCAAAUAUGUGAAAUGUUCAUUUCUUUUAUAGGAUAAGUAUUUAGAGAAACUAUCUUAACUGUAUUCAUGACUGAUUUUGAAUCACUUUAUUAAUAAUAAAUAGUGCCACUCUUUUUUGAUUACCCAAUAGGAUUUGGAGGAAGCAAACCUAGGUAUCAGCAGACUAUUCAUUUGACUGUUAUGGGGCAGAGGAGAAAAUUCUUCAGUAUGGCUUCAGAAAUUGAGUCAUUUUGUUCCCUUUGCUCUUUUUUCAACCUCAAGACCCAGUCAGGGUAGCAAAGCAGACACAAUCUUUAAGUCUUUUUCCUGCUCCUUCCUGCAGAGGGUAGAAGCAUUGUUUACAAUUUUCACCGUAAUACUCCAUUGUUGAAUUGAGUCCACAGUAGUGGAAUAGGUUCCUUACGACCCAAGAUAUUGACACCCCAGUCUUUAAAGGUCAGCCUACCCAGGAAUUCCUCUACAUUUACACACAUCCUCUGGCCAAAGUAGUUGAUCUUUUUUUUUUUUCCAUAUAGAAAAAAUAUGGGCAGAAAACAAGGUUUUAGAAGAGCUUUUUGUGGUUGGAGCUCUAUAAGAAUCUUUUAAAAGGGAUAACGGAGUUAGUGGCUACUAAUAACAGCCGCUACUUCAGCCCUUAAAACAUACAAUCACCAUUAUGUGGGAAAAUGGUUAUUAGGCCAGAUUUAAACUCAUCUCCGUCUAGAGCAUUUCAUGUCCGUGUGUUGCUUAUGUUGUUUGUCUGCAAAGUGUCUUGUCUCUUCUAAUCACUGCAAAUAAAGCAAUACUGAAAACUUGAUAAGAGAAUGCACCUUAGGGGAAGGGGCUUUUAUGUUUCAAGAAGGAAGAGAAAGGAAAGACCUCUUCCUGCCUUUUGAGUAAGAUUCAGCUUUUAAGUCUCAGCUAUGAUUUACCAGGGCAGAUUAUGACAAUAUCCAUUCUCCAGAUGCUGGCCCUCUGCCUUCUAAAGCUAUCUUAAAAGCUGAGGUUUGAAUUGCAGCAUCUGCUUGACAGAUGCCAGGUUCCUCUUGGCAGGGGAAAGAUCAUUACUGUGUAUCUUCCCUUGCCUCAGAUGGCUGUGGCCCCGACUAUCCCGCCAAUCCUCACGCCCCCUACAUGUGUUAAAAAUCCAUUAUUGUGGAUAUUAAAGUAGCGAUUACACUGUAAGCAUAUUUACGUGCCCUUUUUGUCUGGUUUAUUUUUCUUUUCAUCAUGUAUAAUCUGAAUCCAGCAUUAGUUUCUUACAUCUUCCACAAGUGUCUCCAACAGAAUUUUUAUGUUCCAGCUUGUGUUAAAUAGAAGUGAAAUAUUAAGGAAAAUAGAUUUAAGGGAAACUUGUGCAACUUUUUUUUAAGCAUUGUUCUCGACCAUUUAAUUUAUUGAAAGGAGCUGCUGCUGUGGUUCUCGAUUUAGCAGCGGCCAUUCUUUUGUUUACAUAGAAUUACAGUUUUAUUUGUUGUUUUGCUCUGUACUGGAAACAUAAAUAAAGUUUUCUACAUUAUUUUCA